GUAUGCAGACAUGUUGACUCCCUACAUGAACUCUGUGCCCGCCGUCAUCGCCAAGGCCUCAGCCAUCCAUAACCCCAUCAUCUACGCCAUCACACACCCAAAGUACAGGAUAGCAUUAGCUAAGUACAUCCCAUGUCUUGGCAUCUUGCUCUGUGUUCAUCCUCGCGACCUCCGCUCGACCAGCAGCAGUUUCAUGUCAACGCGCCGCUCCACUGUGACCAGCCAGACCUCUGACAUCAGCAGCCAGUUCAGACGGCAGAGCACUGGCAAGUCCCGUCUCUCCUCCGCCUCCGACAGUGAAUCGGGUUUGACAGACACAGAGGCUGAUCUGUCCAGUAUGGGCUCCAGACCAGCCAGCCGCCAGGUCUCCUGUGACAUCAGCAGAGACACCACUGAACUCCCCGACUUCAAACCCUCAUCCAGCUUCAAGUCCAAGAUGAAGAGCAACGACUCAGGCAUCUUCGAGAAGACAUCCUAUGACACCGAUUUCUCCAUGGUAGGAGUCGGUGAACGUGGCAGCAUCCCAAAUAGUGGGGAUUUUGCAGAUGGACAUAUGAUGAGAGGCACAAUUGGCAGAAUCCCAAGCAUCGUUAUCACCUCUGAGUCCAGCCCCUUCCUUCCCAUUGGACGAAAUGGUUCACGUUCCACCCGCACCAAAAGAGCCAAUAGCAACACAGGAGCAGGCUCAGGGUAGACUCCAGCAGCCAAUCACCUGCAGCCAUCUGAUCAGCUCAUGUCCAGUCAGAUAUUUAGAAAUGUAGAGUUCAAACAGGCCUGAAGGGUUCACCUG